UCGUUGUAUUUAUUUAAAUUCUAAGUGCUUCUCAAGUGGCCAAGUGAUCGCGUCGCGAGGAUGUUGCAGCACCAUCAGCAGCAGGCUCAAUCGGGUGGCUACUACGACUACAACCAGUCCCCCAGUCCGGGCGGUCUCACAAACGCGGAUGCCCUGAACACCACUCCGUUUUCGGUCAAGGAUAUACUGAACAUGGUCAACCAAACGGAGGCCUACGAAGGCGCCUACGGACACCUCGAGAGUGCCACCGCUGCAUCGGCGCUCUAUGGCGCCAACGAGUACCAGCCACAUCUCCACCAGCACCCGCAUCAGUACCAGCAGCACCAGCAAUCCGAGUUUUCGGUCCCGCAGCAACUGCAUCCGCAGCACUUGGACGAUGGCACCACCACCACAUCGGCCUCCCUGUCGCCACUCCUGCCACCCCCGCCCCAUCAGCUGUACGGCGGCUACCAGGACUACGGAAUGCCCGCCCACAUGUUCCAGCAUCACCACGGACAUCCCCACCAGAGUUUCCAGCCCUCGGCCUCGGCCUACAACAUGUCCGCCUCGCCGUUUUACGCCGGAUCCUCGGCGACGGCCUACCAAAGUCCCGCCACCUACAACUACAACUACGCCGGAACCGGAACCCUAAGCGGAGAGGUGUACGGCGGAGCCCCGCCCUCGGCGGUGGGCAUUAAGAACGAGUACAUCCCCACGCCCUAUGUGACGCCCUCGCCCACCCUGGACCUCAACAGCUCCGCGGAGGUGGACAGCCUGCAAACGCCGGCGCAAAAGCUCUGCGGGAACCCCCUGACGCAGCGCCUCAUGGAGACGGCCAGCAACUCGGCGUCGCUAAGGAGCAUUCACAGUGGCGAGGAGGGUGUAAAGAGAAAGGACAACAGCCAGGUGACCUCCUCGCGGUCAGAGCUGCGUAAGAACAGCGUAAGCGGCACCGGUACCCAUGGCAGCAACAAUGGAUCCUCCAAGCCAAGGAUGAAGCGAAAGCCGCGCGUGCUUUUCUCGCAGGCCCAGGUCCUGGAGCUGGAAUGUCGCUUUCGGCUGAAAAAGUAUCUGACCGGAGCGGAGCGCGAGAUAAUCGCCCAGAAGCUGAAUCUCUCGGCGACGCAGGUUAAGAUCUGGUUCCAGAAUCGGCGCUACAAGUCCAAGCGCGGUGACAUCGACUGCGAGGGCAUCGCCAAGCACCUGAAGCUGAAGUCCGAGCCCCUGCACUCGCCCAGCUCGCUGCCCCCGCCGAUCCCCAACCACGUGAUGUGGCCCCCGACCAUCCAGCAAUCCCAGCAGCAGCAGAUCCCGCACAUGCAGUAGCCCACAGCUCACAGGACGAAGGACUCGAGUCUCUAAUUUAUUGCAGUUUCAAGCAGAACGUACGUGGUAGUGUAAGCAAACGCCUCAUAGCUCUAGUACCUUGUUUUAUGUACAUAUUGGACAAUAAAUGAAGUUUAAGACGAA